AAAGGCUGUAUCAAUCAGAAAGCCAUCAAUACUUUCAUAUUAAACUAUUUUCUUUCAUUAAAAACUUUCCGAUCUCUCUUCUUUUUUUUUCUAAGGUUGUCAACACGUACGUAGUGAUAUCAGAUUGGCGGGGCUGAGAGGUUUUCAUGGGGAGAGCGACGUGGUUUGAGGCCGACGGGACCAAGAGAGGAGAAUGGACGGAGGAGGAAGACCAGAAACUCGUCGCUUACAUCGACGAGUACGGCGUUGGUGACUGGCGUUUUCUCCCUGAACGAGCUGGUUUGCGGAGAUGUGGGAAGAGCUGCAGAUUAAGGUGGCUUAAUUUUCUAAGGCCCGGGAUUAAUAAAGGCAAAUUCACUCCUCAAGAAGAACAAACUAUCAUUAGUUUACAUUCUGUUCUCGGGAACAGGUGGGCAGCCAUAGCACAGCAGAUGCCGAAUCGAUCAGACAAUGACAUCAAGAACCAUUGGAACUCUUGUCUCAAGAAAAGACUCGAGAGAAACGGAAUCAACCCAGUGACCCACCAGCCAUUCGUCAGUAACCUCGUUGUCAAAACGUCGCUGUUUAACACAGAAUGCAGUAGCUCUUCUUCCGCUAACGCGAGUCCAUCUUUCUCCUCCGGCUCCGCAUGUCUCCUAAAUAAGAUCGCGACUGGUAUCUCAUCUAGACAGCACUGUGUCGACAGGAUGAAGAACAUCUUGUCGGGUUCAAGAACCACAAGCAUCCAUUGUCACGAAGAAGAAGAAGAUGAAGGGGAAGAGUUGAACAGGGAUGAUCAUGAGAAGAUAUUAGCUAGUGGCUAUCAAGAAGAAGACUUUCUAAUGUGGGACGAGGAAGAGUUGAGACGUUUCAUGGAAGAGAUUGGCGUAAUGGAGUUUGGCACGACGUCGUACGAUUGUAAUUGAUUUGGAGUGUUCAUACUAGCGUACAUAAUGAUCAUCAUAUCCCCUUUGAUGAUCAAUAAUUUAGUUUGGUUAGAUCAUCGAUCAUUUAGUAGUUAAUUUGCUUA